UCGAAUAUUACUAAGAUGUUCCUUCGAAAUUUUAUUUUACUUUUAACCCUUAGUCAUUUACUCGUUGCACAAAGUUACAAAAAACCUGGUUGCCACAGACAGGGUCAUACAAGAAGUAUUAGUAUCCCGGAUUGUGUUGAAUUUAAAAUAACAACAAACGCCUGCCGUGGUUAUUGCGAAUCGUAUUCACUACCCAGCAUUAUGCUUGGCUUCAAAAGACAUCCCGUUACUUCGCUGGGACAAUGCUGCAAUAUUAUGGAAUCGGAAGACAUCCCAGUGAAAGUGCUAUGCUUGGACGGAGAGAGAAAUUUAGUAUUUAAAUCCGCUGUUACCUGUGCCUGCUACCAUUGUCAAAAAGAAUAAAUACUUUCAUAUAAUGCCAAUAUAGUAUUACAUGUUCAUUUGUUAAAAUGCAUUGGUCGCAACAAUUUAAGGUAGUGUUGUAAAAUGUAACUUGCGUUUUUGUAAAUAAAUUAUUUAUAUAAA